CUGGCAGCAGAGCGGGUGUAAAGGUCGGAGGUGCACGAGCUGUGCGAGCAGGGCCAGGCAGACUUCUGCCUCGCCUUUAAAUCCCUGCCUGGAGAAGCUCCAAGUGAAACCCGGACGAGCCCCGAGCAGCAAAGGCACAGUGAAGGUUUGCUCUGAAUUUCCUUGCAGCUGCAUUUCGUGUGCUGUGAAGCCAGCCAGCCCCUGCUCUGCUGUCUCCAGUGGGGUUUGGCAUCGGGGGUGGCUGCUCCCCGUGGGUGAUGAGGACAGGACACCAUGGUGCGGCGAGUGGCCAUCAUCGGGGCCGGUGCCAGUGGGCUGGCGUCCAUCAAGUGCUGCCUGGACGAGGGGCUGGAGCCCACCUGCUUUGAGAGGAGCGAGGACAUCGGGGGGCUCUGGCGCUUUGCUCCACCAGCAGAUUUUGGGGUGCUGGCCCCUGUUUAUCGCUCACAUCCCUGUGCUGACCCGGAGGAGGAAAGUCAUCCCCUGUGCAUCCACAGAUAUCCCUGCUCGCUUCUCACAGGACAACGCCGACAGCGGGAGGGUCAGCGUGUACCGGUCGGUCAUCACCAACACCUCCAAGGAGAUGUCCAGCUUCAGCGACUUCCCCUGCCCCGAGGAUUUCCCCAAUUUCCUCCCCCACGGCCUCCUCCUGGAGUAUUUCCGAAUGUACGCCCGGCACUUCCAGCUCCUGCGGCACAUCCGCUUCAAGACAACAGUUCUCAGCGUGAGGAAGCGCCCGGAUUUUGCCACCUCAGGCCAGUGGGAGGUUGUCACCGAGACCGAAGGCGUCCAGGAGUCGCACGUCUUUGAUGCUGUCAUGGUCUGCACAGGGCACUACCAGGUGCCCCACCUGCCCUUGGCUUCUUUCCCAGGCAUCGAGACCCACUUCAAAGGCCGAUACCUCCACAGCCAGCAAUACAAAGACGCGGAGGCUUUCCGGGGAAAGCGGGUCCUUGUGGUCGGCAUUGGGAACACUGGUGGUGAUAUUGCCGUGGAGCUGAGCCAUGUGGCUGCGAAGGUGUUUCUCAGUGCCAGGAGCAACACGUGGGUGUACAGCCGGGUGUCAGACCACGGCUUCCCCUUCGACAUGGUCAGCACCACGCGCUUUAACCACUUUCUCGAGUGGCUUCUCCCGUCAGCCAUCAUGAGAAGGAUCAAGUUUCGGAGGUUCAAUUCAUGGUUUAACCACGAGAUCUACGGCUUGGCUUCUGUUAAAAGUUCCAAUUUUCAUGUAAUUAUCAACGAAGAGUUGCCAUUUUGCAUGCUCUCUGGGACUGUCGUGCUGAAGCCAAACGUGAAGGAGUUCACCAAAACUUCAGCUGUUUUUGAAGAUGGGACAACUGAAGAGAACAUCGACGUGGUGCUCUUUGCCACAGGCUACAUCUUCUCGUUUCCCUUCCUCGAAGAGUCAGUUCGCAGCCCCCUCAAAAACAACCGUUCCCUCUAUAAAUGCAUCUUCCCACCCCAGCUGGAAAGGCCGACCCUGGCCAUCAUGGGUUUGGUGCAGCUGACCGGCUCUGUGAUGGCAGGAGCAGAAAUCCAGGCUCGCUGGGUGACGGGCAUCUUUGCAGGCGCGUACAAGCUCCCUCCUGCCAGCAGGAUGAUGGCUGAUGUUUUGAAAAAGCAGCCGCCGGUCAAAAGGAAUCCAUCCGAGCCGGAGAACUUGAAGAUGAGUUUCAUUAACUACACCUCUGACAUCGCUUCGUGUGCUGGCGUGAAGCCCAGCGUGCUGUGGCUGCUCCUGACCGACCCCCGGCUGGCCAUGGCCGUCUUCUUCGGCCCCUGCACACCCUACCAGUACCGCCUGGUGGGACGGGGACGGUGGAGCGGGGCCAGGGCCGCCAUCCUGACACAGUGGCAGCGGGCCUUGAAGCCCUUGAGAACUCGGGUGGUGGAGGACGGAGCCUCCCCCUGCUCCUGGCGCUGGCUGGGUCUCCUCGCCCUGCCCGCCAUGCUGGUGGUGGGGUUCCUCCUCUCCAAAUCUCCCCGUCCCGGGUGGGUCCCCAGGGGGCUUUCCCUUUUCUAGAAGGGACUGAAGGGGCCGUGGGGGGUGGUGUUUGGGGGACCACGGACUUCUGCCACCAGCCCUGGGCCUCCGGAGGGCUAUGGGGAGAGGCUGCAGGGCUGGUGAGCAUGGGGCCAGUGCUUCUUCUGGGGGUGAUGGGCAGCUUGUGGGGUGGGCAAGGGUGGUGUCGGUUGAUUUGCUGGGAAUUGAUGAGAGGCAGGAGGCAGAAAUAAACCUCAGCGAGCUUUUAAUGUUUUUAA